AAAAAAGUAAAUUAAUUGUAUACUGUAGUGUAGAUCCUACUACUAGAAUUCUAGACUAUAAAGAUCUAUAUUAAUCUAGAUCUAUUAUAUAUUCUAUACUCUAUAGACGAUAGAAUCAAGAAUUUUAUACUAGAUCUAGGACAAAUGAUGCUUCAGGAUCAAAGUAAUAAAGAAGAGCUUCAACAUCGACAUUAUGUGCUUCUUAAUGAGCUUCAAAAAAUGUCCAGAGAACUACCAGGAAAAUUCCAACAACGAUUGUCUUAUGAUCUCUUGUCAGCAUUGGCAAGUGCCCUUUUAGAUGGUACUGCAUUUGAAAUUGUUAAAGGUUUAGAAGAGGUGCAACAUUUGGAAGAAAAGAGUCUGUUUACACAGCGGCAAAAGUUGAUCAAUGAUCACAAAUCUCAAAGGCAUGAAAUGAAUAAAAAACAUAAAGAAUUGUUACUUGAGAAUCAAAAUAAACCUCACAAUCUGCCGCUGAUAGAAGCUCAAGUAGAGAGAGAACUUGAUACAAUGGAACGUAGAUGUGAAGAAGAGAUGAAAAAGAGAGAUGCAAAAAUUAUUCUAGAACUAGAUCAAAAACUAAUGGACCAACAAAGUAUGCUUGAGAAAGCUGGAGUGCCCGGGUUUUAUGUCACAAAUAAUCGACAAGAUGUGCGACUACAGAUGUAUUUACUUGAGUUUAUUACAAGAUUAGCUGCAAAGGAAAAAGAAUUAAGAAAUAGCUAAAACACUAUUAACUUUUGGCUCCCUUCUGCCAUGGAAAGUAUACCAAACCAACCUAAGCCUAAUUGAGGCUGAGAGAAAGGAAGCUAUGGGUGCUUUGGGACAUCUUAAACAAAAACACUAUUUGAAUUGGUCAAUGAAACGAGACAAUUAUUUGACUGAUUAUAAGUAAUUCAAAUAUACAAUGAAAAUAUUUUUAGAAAUUAACAAAUAUGCUUUGCAAUCUAAUUUGUUAAUUAAAUCCUGUAUUUAUUGACAAUGCAAAGUAUUUUUCUGCAAACUUGGUAUAACAGUGAUUUGUUACUUUUAGAAGACAGAGUUCAUUGUUUUAUUAGCACUACUUGCAAUUAAAAAAUGUGUAAGCUUCAUUCAUUUUUCAGCACAAUAUAAAAUAUUUUAUUGUGUAAUGAGAUCAUUAUUUCAAAAUUUGUAGUUAAGUUAUAAUUUUGUAAAAAUCUAAACACUAUGAUUUUUAUUAUUUUGUUGAUGAUAAGGGAAGAAAAGUAUUUCAAAGAUUAAGAACUCCUCCAAUAUAAUCUUCAUCUUAAUUGUUAAUACAAUUGUACUUAUAGAACCAUUAGUAAGGAUUUUUUUAAAACCAUGUUUGAGUAAACCAAUCUAGCACUGUUAAGUUAUUGUUUGCCUCCCCAGGUCACAUGCUGGACUUCAAAGUAAUGCAAUAGAACCUGUAUGCCACCACCACUAGCAACGCCUUUAAAAAAAAUAUUAUACUGCUUGAUGUUGUCUAAAUGAUCUUCACAUUUCAGACUACUUGAUGAACAUAUUAUACUGCUUGAUGUUGUCUAAAUGAUCUUCACAUUUCAGACUACUUGAUGAACAUAUUAUACUGCUUGAUGUUGUCUAAAUGAUCUUCACAUUUCAGACUACUUGAUGAACAUAUUAUACUGCUUGAUGUUGUCUAAAUGAUCUUCACAUUUCAGACUACUUGAUGAACAUAUUAUACUGCUUGAUGUUGUCUAAAUGAUUUUCACAUUUCAGACUACUUGAACAUAUUUACUGUUUGAUGUUGUCUAAAUGAUCUUCACAUUUCAGACUACUUGAUGAACAUAUUAUACUGCUUGAUGUUGUCUAAAUGAUCUUCACAUUUCAGACUACUUGAUGAACAUAUUAUACUGCUUGAUGUUGUCUAAAUGAUCUUCACAUUUCAGACUACUUGAUGAACAUAUUAUACUGCUUGAUGUUGUCUAAAUGAUCUUCACAUUUCAGACUACUUGAUGAACAUAUUAUACUGCUUGAUGUUGUCUAAAUGAUCUUCACAUUUCAGACUACUUGAACAUAUUUACUGUUUGAUAUGCUGAAAAAAUGUGUUUGCAUUUAGAAAUUCAUUAAAUAUUUUAAAAAAAAAAACAAUUUUACCUUUUCUGUUGGCAAGUAAGAUAUCCUAGCUAUAAAAGUACUUCACUUACUUUUAAGAUAUACAUUAUUGUAUAAAUAACAUCAGAAUUGAAAAUGCUCAAACUAGCAUUACAUUUAUCUUUAUAUACUUAUGAUUUUUUUUUAACAGUUCUGUUUCAUAAUUCUUUACACAGAAAAGCUUAUCUGGUCAUAUUCCAAUGCAAUGUUUUUUGUUGUUGUUUUUUUGUCUGAAAUUGAACUUUAAAUGUAAAACUUUUUUGUUUAUGUAUUUAUUUAGUUUAUAGUGUGCUUUACUUGCAGGUUAAACAGUUCGGAGAAUUAGACUGGUCUGACUCUUGAUACGUAUAUAUAUAUUUACAGCUUCAAAGCAAGAACAAAACUUGCACAACACUGUUACACCACCCAUGACCCAUAAUUGAAUGUUAACAAUAAUAAUAUGUAGAUCUAUUUUCUCUUUGUUUCUCAAGAAAAAAAAACUAAUAUUGACAAAAAAAAAUGUGCAUUUACUUUGAUAACAAACUAAUGUAACCUUGUUUGGUAUAUAUAUAUAUGCUGGGGAAUUCACACACACACCCAAACCCCCCAAAAAAAUCCUGGCUACACCCAUGCGGGGGCCUGCCAUUAUAUUCUUGAACAUGGGCCCACAAGUACCUUGCUACGUCUAUGUAUAUAGCCCACUCUCCACCAAAUUAAAUUUCCCCCUCAGAAAAAUAUUGUACCCACUGAUAUGUUUUCUUACCGUGCUCAAUUAUUCAAGUUAUAGAGAGAAUUCAAGCGACUGCAUCAGAAAAAAAAAAAUAACUACAGCCACGUAGCGAAUGUGGGUUUGAUGUUGAAAACCUCUUACCAAAUAAUAAAUUUAAAAAACUUUAAGCAAACAUAAAGUCAUCAAAUUUCAUGAGAGUAAUCAAGAUAAGUUUACAUGUUCAAACCCCCCCCCCCCUAAUCAAAUAGAAACUAAAGCAAACCUAUACAGUCACCAAAUUCUAUGAUCGUACCCAGUGGCGUCACUAGGGGGGGGGUGCAGUCCGCACCGAGUGGAAAAAAUGCACAUUUCCAAAAAAAAUUAAAUAAAUACCAACUUAAAAAUGUGACUGAAGCAAGAUCAUAAAGCAUAGGAAUGGUUGAAUAAACUUUUUCUUAAUGGGGAAAAAAAUCAUUAGUAAGAUUUUCUUAUUUGAUAGACAGUGGGCAUGUCCACAAUGAGAAACUCGCGAAAAGAGUGAAGAACAUUUAUCAGGUUUUCAAAUUUGAAACAAUCAGGAAGCCGGACUUAGGCUACAAAAACAAUUGACAGGGAAGUCAGUGCUAUGAUUGACGUUUAGAUGAGAAAACAUCUUGCACUUAUAGAUUGCUUACUAUCGCUUUGUUUCUAGCUAAGCAAAAUUUGGUAUAUUGUGGCGAAUUGAAGAAGACUUAUUAUGGAAUUAUUUUUUUGGAUUGUGGAAAUGUUAUCCAAAUAUGACCCAGUGCUGAAAUAAUAACUCAUAAGAUUGCAAAGGAGCGAUGCAAAAAAAAAAGUUAGUUUAUAAAUGUUUUAGCAAACCACUUAAAGCCCUCGCUCAGAAAAUAAAAGCACUAAAGGCAGUGGCGUAGCUAUCUAUGUGCAGGUGGUGCGGGCCGCACGGGGCAUCAAGUGGUGUGGGGCAUCAAACUGAGGACAAAAUUUCUCAGUAAAAAAAAACCACUAUACAUCCAUGAAUAAAUUCAAACUACUGUAUUAAAAAUGUUAAAUGCAAUUUGUUCAUCUCCUAUGAACUUUCUUUAAUUAAAUGUAAGCUGUAAACCAGGUUGUAUCAAAUUUACUAGAGUUGUUUAAUUUUGCAUGUGGAACAUGAUACAUAUUGUUACUUUAUUUCUCGGUACGCUGCUUUCAUCUAGAUCUAUAGCUUAAACCUCUAGAGUAGGCCUACUCUAGAGCCAGAAUAAUAGUCGUUGUUUAUUUUCAUUUCACUACGAUUCUUGUUAGUUUCUUAUAAAUUUUAAUGGCCAUUGAGCAAUGGCAGUGAUAUCAAUAUUUUGUAUGCAUAUUAUCUGUUUUUUUUUUACAUGUUUUUUUCACUAACUAGUUAAUUGUAUUACUGUAAUGCAAACAUUAUUAUCGGCGUUGACAAGAUGAAGAAGAAUUGCAAAGACAAAAUCUAGGUAAUUUCGGGGAGUUUGUAUUCUCCGAAUUUGGUAGAAAUUCGGUUGCUGAAUCUGAAAUCAUUUCAGUAACACGUUUACGUACACCGGACCGUUUACACAGCUUAUUAUCAACUUCAGCACCUCGCUUGGACGUCCUCGCCAAAAAUAACCAAAACUAGCCUUAAGCGCCGUCUAGAUGGUUAUGGUUUAAUUUUUAAAAAUUAUAGAAACUAGAGACAUUGACUAGUACAGAUGAAAAAUUCUGAAACAGGCGGUUUGGUAGUUACUAUGCAACCGACAUUUAUUUUCUCCCCUUGGAAUUGUGGGGGCUGUAGUAACUCAAAUGAUGGAUACGUAAGAACUACCUUCAAAAACACGGAUUUCCAUUUCAAGACUGCGCACUUAAACGGAAAAGAAAUUAACUAAUGGGACGAUAUUGUGAUGUGGCAAGCAUGAUUUUUGUACCGCCAUCCCAACUAGUGAAUCCUCAGAUAGAAUUCAUGGCAGGAAACGGUGACAAAUCUGCGACUUAGAAUUUGACAUUGAUUUUAAAAAAAAAAAAGAUUUAUUUGGGGGGGGGGUGAUGUUUAAUGUAAUAUAAUAAAAUGGAAAUAUCAAAAACUUUCCACCACAAUUGUUAGGCACUCGGAAGCUUCAUUAACAGGCGUUAAUGCUUCGUGGUUUAGCCAAGUGAGGCGUGUCAGCUCCUAGUAGAACUGCAUUUUUUUUAAAUUCUGUCAGCUUUAAGCGCGUGGUCACUUGAGUCUUUGACUCCUUUCAUCAACAAACUAACCAGCAUAUUGGAAGACAACUCAACAAUUCAAGGUGAAACGAUUAUGAAUCUAUAAAAUUCAUUCAUUUGACACACUGACGAUUGUUGGAAACAUGUCUCACAUGAAGGGCAGGUCUCCACCGAUGAAAGACUUUUAUAUGCAAAUAGGACGUUAAGCAGACAACCCCUGAGAGUUCUGGUCCUUGUAUGAGUUCGUGUGUUCUCUAGAAGUCAGUGAGAUAGGAUCAAUGAGGUCAUUAUUAGUUCACUUGCAGUAAUGAGACGUACAGUGAGUAUCAGGGCCGGUCUUAGGCCUCUGCAACCUAUGCGGUCGCAGUGGGCCCCGCACUUUCAUAGGCCCCGCGCGAAGUCUAGGUGUAAAUUAUUAAAAUAAACCAUUUUAACUUAUUAUUAAAGGGUUUCUUGAAUUCUCUUGAAAUUGUAAAAUAAACGAAAAAGUCAUGAAAAUCUCAUGAAAUUAUUAGAAUCUUCUAAAAAACGGAUGCAAAUCUCCUUAAAAACAAACAAAAUGUCAUUUCGGAGUGUCAUUCAAUAUGGACAACGCCCAGGGCCGGCCUUAGGCCACUGCAACCUAUGUGGCCGCACUGGGCACCGCACUUUCAUAGGCCCCGCGCUAAUUCUAGAUCUAGGUGUAAAUUAUUUAAUUAAACCAUUUUAACUUAUUAUAACAAGGUUCCCGGGGACUUCUGAUUAUCCAAGAGCUCCUGGAAAUCUCCUGAAAUUGCAAAAUGUACGAAAAAGUCCUGGAAAUCUCCUGAAAUUAUUAAAAUCUUCUGAAAACUCAUAAAAAUCUCCAGAAACAAAGAAAUAUAAUUGUCAUUUCGGGGCGUUAUUCAAUAUGAAAAACUUCAACCCUACUCGCGAUAAAAAACAAGGUUACAAAAGACAGUUUGUGUGGAAACACAAACUCAAAAUCGGCCCCCGAAGAGGUCCACCCAGGCAGGCUUCAAUAUUUUCAGAAAGAACAUCCAAAUGAAAUUAUAUCAAAGACAAAUGAGAGAUAAGAAUGGAGAAAGAAGGUUAACAGAUCAUGUGUAGUGCCCCAACGGUCCCGCAGAUCAAAGGAUAGGUGUAAGUGAAUGUAAAGUUAGAUGUGAACCUGGCCUAACUAGUUCCCCUUUUAGACCUUGUGGUCUAUAGGACAGAUGAUGUAAAGUUCAUCUGUUUUUGUGGCCUACGGUUAGCGAGGGUGUCAUGUAGCCAGCACAACGACCAACCGCCUAUACUUUUCCCCAACUAAUGUCAGGUACCCAUUAGAGCUGAGUGGACUCAGAGGCGCCCAAAGAUUCCAAAGUUGAAAAUCCCAGUCUUCACCAGGAUUCGAACCCGGGACCCCGGGUUCGGAAGCCAAGCGCUUUACCGCCCAGCCACCGCUCCUCCCCUGACCUAACUGACGUCUUAUAAUUGACCUAAUUGUUUUGAAAAGGCUCAAUCUCUUAUUAGAAUCCUCAAAAAAAAAAAAAAAAAAAAAAUUUCCUCAAUGAAAAAAAUGAUCAGAAAAAUGAAGUUUAUAAGAUCACUAUUCAUUUUAAAUUAGGUCUAACUAAUGGUAGUGUAACUGAGUUGAUUUUCUGCGUGCGUCCAGCGUGUCUGAAGGUCAUGGCCAUUGUUGUGUUUCAUGUCCAGUGUGUGUGUGUGUAUAGACUGCAUCAGUGGUAUGCUAGACGUGCUGGUUUCAUUCACUGUUUACUGUAGUCUAAUUUUGUCGAAUAAAGCCAUGUUAUUGGUAUUCUAGUCGUUAUCAUUUCAUUACAAUUUA